AUAACUAUUCCUUUCAAAUCGAAAGCUUAAGUGGUUCUCGAGAUAUUUAGCGUUGUGACAGACGGACGGACGGACAGAGUCGCACCAUAAGGGUUCCUUUUUUAGGUACCUUUUUGGUACGAAACCCUAAAAACUUACUACCUUUAGCUAUAAAACCUAAACAACAGACACUACGCCAUCAGAUACCUAUAUCUAAGCGGCCGAGGUGCUCAAAAAUAUAUGAACACGCACUGUAGCGCUUUGACAAUAAAAGCGUGUUCAGAUAUUUGUGAGCACCUUGUCCGCCCCGAUAUAAUUGAUGGCAACUGUACCUGUCCUAUGUAUUUAUUUAAAGCUUACUUUACUGAUGACUUUUCUCCCCACUUGCUUGCAAAUAAGCAAAAUCACUCCCCCCUAUUCAACUAAAUAUGUACACAAUUAUGCACCUUACGGCGGUGAGAUAAGUAUUAAUAUAGUGUAAUUUUUAUGGCUAAACCGAGACCCAUAUUUCCAUUGCUUGUGCGAUUCGGUUGAUAGACAUUCUUGGCUGAAACGUCAUAACCUUAAGAUAGUAAACGACCUAUUCAUUUAAAUACGUAUCUAAUAGGCGAAUGAACUUAUCCUACUUCGCUUAGUGUUGUUAAGGCCGAGAUUUUUUUUUUAAUUAUAGGCCUCCACUCAGUUUUUUACAAGCUUUUGUUUAACUUGCCCUAUGUGUAUGUUCGUUUGUUAGUUAGUAGUGUGGGUCAAAUCUUGGAAGCUAAAUUUGACCCAGUUUCCUGUUUCCGAUUGAGCUGAAAUUUUGCAUACAUAUGUAAGUAGGGUGACAAUACAAUAUUAUGGUACCAUCCAGGUGAUCUGAUGACGGAGACAGGAGGUGGCCAACUCUGUGAUGAAUCAAAGCAACCUAACUGUGUUUGGUUUUUUUUAAUUGUCUCGAUGAGUAUUAGUUGCCUAUGUAAGAAAUGUACAGUCAGCGAUCAAAGCUUGUACCAAAAAAGAAAUUUUUGCCAAAAACUUAUUUUUUAGUUCUAUCUACAUUUGCUUUCGCUUCGUCUCGCUUGUACUACGCAAGCGUCCAGAAUAACCCCCCUUGUAAUGAAAGGGGAACGGAGUCGACAAGUGGCCGGGGGACGUAAUCUCUCGAGUGCGUCAUUGUCAUCGUUCCAGACGCCAUGUUUAAUGAUUUGGUGAAAAAUUGCGAACGCUGGGGUAUUGGGAUAAGCCUGCGGUUGGUAUAAGAUAUGAUAUUGAUAUCAGUGGGGAAGGGUCGAAAUACUCUUACGAAGGCCGGAGCAAAUUUUUUUGGCUGGUAUUUUUGUUCUGCACCUUCAAAUGUGUCUGGGGAGAGAGGUUCCAUGCGCUUGACUCCGGAGCUGGAGGGGUCCAGGUCGCACGGCUUGUCGUAGAUGCUCUUCUCACCUGGAGACAAUAUAUUAGAAAUGAUUAAAUAGCGUUAUUCGCAUCUAAAAAGCAAAAAUCGUAAGAUACUCGUAAGAAGACACCAUUGAUUGAUAUCUAAAAUAAUGAUCGAUGCACAAGCGUAAUUGUAUUGAUUCAAUUUAGGAUGUAUUGAUCCGUAAUCGUGAUUUUAGCGAUGCUGUAAUGCGAUAGUAGAGAUGCAGAACUGUGUUUGACGUGUGCGAGCGUAUGUACAUGACCGGCCGCUCAUGACGAACGACCGGUCUGGCCUAGUCGGUAGUGAGUGUAGUGACCCUGCAUGAAGCCGAUAGUUCUAGGUUCGAAUCCUGGUAAAGAAAUUUAUUUGUAUGAUGAGCACAGAUGUUUGUUCUUGAGUCAUGGGUGUUUUCUGUAUUUUAGUAUUUGUGUCAAGUAUUUGUACAACACAAGCUUUCUUUGGGGCUUAGGUAGUCAUAGUCAAUUUGUGUAAGGUUGGCUUAUAUAUUUAUUUAUAACCAGUGACAGCUUUGUGACUGUAUCGCGAUCUUUCGGCGACGGAAUUUCUGCAUAAUGUAAUUGUUUUUUGAUUUCGUGGGUUUGCAUAUAGCACACAAAUAAAAACAAAAAAAAAGUAAAAAGUAAAGUAAGUGUAAAGUUUUUAUUUUUUACUUUGUAUGUUAUUAACACAUAUAUGGGUGGUUGUAUAAAUAAAUAAAAUUGAAUUGAAAUGCCUGAAAAAAAAACCAGAACUAUUUUUAUGUAUUUAUACCAAACCUACCAUAACUGUCAAGAAAAUAAUAUCCAAAAUCAGACUGAUAAAAUAUCAUCGCCUGAUAAACUGGGCCUCAAUUCAGCAGCAAACAUUUCCAUUCAUAUCUAAUCUGUUUAUCAGUGCACCCGCUCUCACUGAACUUCAACUAAGAGCGGCACGACUUGAUAAACGUACGGAAUAUGAAUUGAAAUUAAAAAGAAGUCUUUUAUUGUGGCAAAAAAAAUAUAGUACAUACAGAGCAACGGAUAAGCAAAAAAGCACAACAGGGUGUAAGUCCAAUAGGGUUGUUGAAAUUAGUGAAAUGGUUGUUGUACCUACAAUAAGGGACUGUUAUUCCAAAGGCCCAUUUAGAUGGUGAGAGUUUUUCGCCACGACCAUACGUUUAUCGUACCAUUGACACGAACUAUAGCUAUGGUUGAUAUACAACAAACUGCAUCAAAAUAUUAUUAAUUUUGGCGUUGAAACUCUAGGUCCAUGGGGUCUCAACGCGCACAAGUUUUUUGCAGAAAUCGCGAAACGUCUGGUUGACGUAACUGGUGAUCGAAGAGCUAGCGCCUUCCUCGGACAACGUAUCAGUAUUGCGAUACAAGGAGGAAAUGCCGCCAGCAUUCUUGGUAAAUGCCUCAAGGGCCUAUUUUAGAUUUAAGCUACUAUAGUCAUCCUCUGUAUAUAUCCAUCAUGUACAUUGUUAUUUUAAAUAAAGUAAUUGUUAAUAAUGUUAAUAUCCAGUUAGGAAAUGAGGACUACGUUUGUAUGAAAAGGCGGUUUUAGGGCGGUCGUGGCCUACCCUCUCAAGCUAUCUUAGAAAACGAUAUUCUGCAUUAACUGAAGAGACAAACUUUCAAGUAACAUGUAUCAGGUCUGGUACCAGUUUUCCUUGCUAGAAAUUGUACAAAUAAAUUAGACCGAGUAGAAGUUUUGCAUGGCUGGCAUGGUCGGCCUAAGAGGAUGGCUGGACGCAUUUCUCAGCAACAGCAACAAAUGGAUGCUGCAGUUCAUCGGGACGAUUGGAAGACUAGGGGGGAGGCCUUUGCCCAGCAGUGGGACACUUUAUAGGCUCGUUAAAAAAAAGAAGUUUUGAAUCUAAAACCGCGAACGCCGUUUUACGAUAACGCGUUAUUGUUGAGAUGCCGAGGUCACAGUAACUGAUUCGCUUUAAUGCUCGACUCAGUAAAAAAUUGAGAAGUACACGGUCUGAUAACGAUAAGAUGUGAUCAUGACAAUGACAGUUCAAAUCACCCAAGUGUUGUGAACGAACGUGAUAGAAAGUGUGGAAAAUGGACGAGUUUUUGGGGAAGAAAUACGCUUUGAAAAAGUCGGACAACUUUGAAGAAUAUCUUGUAUUUAUUGGUAAAAACUAUUUCCAAAGAAAAGCAGCCCUUUCCCUGAGCCAAGAGAACUGGUUGACUAAGGACGAAACCGGAGCGUACACAUUCCACUUCCACUCUCCUUUUGCUAGCGCUUCCACAACAUUUAUAUCAGGGAAAGAAGUAGAGGAGACCAGGCCUGAUGGUGUUAAGGUGAAGGCAUUAAUAACAAUAGAAGACAACAAAAUGAUCCACAUACAGACGGAGGAAAACGGAAGAAUCUCAAAACACGAACGUGUGUUUUCUCCAGACUCAAUGACAGUGAUAACCACAUUCACAACUGUGUAUGGUGCCGAGAAAACAGCAACAAGACACUAUGUUUUAGUCGAAUGAUAUUUGUAAAUACAUAUGUUAUUCAAGGCUCGCAUAUCGGUUCAAUUUUCAAACAGUUAUCAUAUAUUUGACGUAAGUCUUCAUUUUGGUGUAGGUUUAAUAAAAUAUAUUUUAAAUCCGGUUUAUGUUGAUACUGGUAAUAAAAAAAUCAACCCAAACAGGGUACUAAGCUAUGUAUUAAGUAUUUUGUCGAAUUAACCAGUAACGACCCGAUUCGAACUUUGUUAUACAUAUGUCAAAUAUUAGGUCUAGAUUAGAUAAAAGUCAAUUUUGAUACUGAGAUAUCCGAUCCGUAUCGUAUCUUGACCUAAUAUUUGAUGUAUCUUAAAGUUCGAAUCGGGUCGUAAAUGUAGGUUGCAAUAAAAUAACGCGUUUUCAAAAAAGUUCAGAGUAUAAACGUAAAUAACCGGUAUGAAUAUUUUAAUACGGUUAAAGAUAAUAUUUUAGUGAUAAAUAGUUUAACUACAUGUACAUUUACUCAAUUCAUGAAAUCAUUUAAUGAAUUCUCUGUACUGUAAAGUUUUAGAAUAAGUAGUGACAAGUACAGUGUAGUUGUAUCCCAUCCUAUACCCGUUUACGAGCGACGUUUAUAAACCAAAUGACACAUAACGGCUGUAACAGUUUUGAUGAAAAUUCCUUAGGUAAAAAAACGAUCCAGAUAAUUCACAUUUGUUAUAAUUGGUUGUCCCUAUUUUUACGACCACGUCGAUUUUAUACAGGUCACAUGUACGAGUAUCUUAAGUGUCAAGCGAAUGCGAAUGUCCGAAUGCGAAUACGAAUGUUAGGGAAUAUGUAGUUAUUAUUAUCAUUCCUAAUUAGAAAAAAAUCUGUUGGUACAUAAAACAUACGUUACCUUAGAACGGGAUGUUAUAAAGUGUUGAAAAAUGCUGUCUACUGGUCAAAAUGCAUGACUUGAAAACUGCGCGCACUGCCCAUACGCGAAUCGACGACACAUUCGCAUUUAGCAAAACAUUCGGUUCAUUUGAUUUGAAUAUUCGUAUAUACGAAUACGAAUAUUCGUGACAUGGGAGUGUUGAGGUCGAGAUAAGUUGACGAGGAAGUAUUUGUAGAAUGAUCGCUAGUUGGUAUUAAGACUGACAUUAAAUAUUGAACACUUGAAGUUUUAUUAAGUUGCAGUGCAACUUUUAUAUAACAUUUAUCGGUACUCAAUCUUUUACUUUAUUUUAUAUUUAAGUCUGGCAGUAUUCACAAGUAAUUAGUUACAAAGUUUUUUUUUCAUAUAUUGUACUUGUACUUAUUUAUCAUGAUUAAAAAAAAAGAUUAUUAUUGAGGAAACACUAUUGAUCCUUUGUUACUUUUAUGAAGAAAAUUGUUACGUCAUGUUGCGUAAAGAUGUGCUAUACUUGUAGCGCUACGCCGUAGCUAUAACCUGUAAUACUCCGCAUGUAGAAAAAAUACUUCGUAGAGGUAUAUGAAAUAUUUGCCGCGCCCAACAGGGUACAUAAUAAUGUGAUCAAUAAUUAUAUUUGUAUUUCACCACACAGGUGAACCAUUAUGUGCAAUAAAAUGAUUGAAUAUUGAGUAUUGAAAUAUGCAUAUUAUUCUCAAUAGAUGUCGCUGGAAUUCAUAAAUUAUAGUAUUGUAUUUAAUAAAAUUGGCCAAAAA